AUGAUCCGGGCCGGGAGAGCAAUAACAUUUUCCUCUGUUUUCGCUCAGAUUGCUCUGUACUUGGGGAAGAGAGACUUUGUGGAUAACAUUGAUUCAGUGGAGGUUGUUGAUGGAGUUGUCAAAGUUGACCCCUCAGCUCUUAAUGGAAAAAAGGUGUUUGUGUACCUGGCGUGUGCUUUUCGAUAUGGAAGUGAGGACCUGGAUGUGAUUGGGCUGUCCUUCAGGAGAGACAUUUGGAUCCAGCGUAUUCAAAUUUAUCCUCCUACAGGAGGAUCUGCUGCCCAAACUCCAAUGCAAGAGUCCCUUAUGAAAAAAGUUGGAGAGCAAGGACAUCCCUUUUCAUUUCAGAUGCCAACCAACCUUCCAUGCUCAGUUUCCUUACAGCCUGGACCAAAUGAUGCUGGCAAGGCAUGUGGUGUGGAUUUUGAAGUCAAGGCAUACCUCGCCGAUGCUCCAGAUAAUCCUGAUGAAGUUAUUGAAAAGAAAGAUACCUGCCGCCUGAUGAUUCGCAAAAUUCAGUAUGCUCCAGCCACCAACAAACCCGGAGCCAAGGCUGAGAUUAGCAAAGGCUUCAUGAUGUCUGACAAACCAGUCCACCUGGAAGCAUCUCUGGAAAAAGAGACCUAUUACCAUGGUGAUCCAAUCACUGUUAAAGUGAAAAUCAAUAAUGAAUCUUCAAAAGUGGUGAAGAAAGUCAAAAUUUCAGUCGAGCAGUUUACAAACGUUGUACUGUACUCAUCUGACACUUAUGCCAAACCUGUCUGCUCCGAAGAGUUUGGGGAGACAAUAAACCCGAAUGCCACCCUUGAGAAGUCCUUCCAGUUGACGCCCCUGCUGUCUAACAACACAGAGAAGCGUGGCCUAUCAGUCGAUGGCCGACUUAAAGAUGAGGACACUCACCUCGCCUCAACGACCCUGAGUCAAGGAGAUAAAGAGAUGCAGGGAAUCAUUGUUUCUUACAAAGUAAAAGUCAAUCUGAUGGUGGCUGGGGGGUAA